AUGGCGAAUAACCGCACCUCCUUUUCCAUUCACAACAUAUUAAACCGAGGACCUGAUUGCGAGAAAAAUCGCGGUCUUGAUGAGGAAUACGCAGAUGAGCGGGUUCACGGAGAGAGAGAGGCGCUGGAUUGUUCAAGCUCAUCUCUGCCGGUGGAGUCCGCUGGAGCUGAGCGCACCUCUUCCUCCUGUGUGCUCGUGCUGGACUCCUCAUCCUCCGACCAGCAUUCAUGUGAGGAAGAAUCAACAGGAGGAGAAGACAAUUCACUCGAAAGACGACACGACAUGGACCAACAGAAAUCACAGAGCUGCAACUUUGAAGAUAACAACCCCAAAUCGAGCAAAAAAAGGUCACGGGCAGCGUUUUCUCACGCACAAGUAUACGAGCUGGAGCGGCGCUUUAACCUGCAGCGGUACCUGUCCGGCCCAGAGCGGGCCGACCUGGCAGGAGCGCUCAAACUGACCGAGACACAGGUGAAGAUCUGGUUCCAGAACAGGAGAUACAAAACUAAGCGCCGACAAAUGGCAGCCGAACUCGCGUUAACUCCUACGACAACACUGGCAAAGAGAGUGGCAGUGAAAGUACUGGUGAGAAACGACCAGAGGCAAUACAACGCCGAGGAGCUGCCCAGUCCGUCUGUUCCUCCAUUAUACCAGUCAUUCCCUUACUAUCCUUACAUGUUCUGCUUCCAGCCGUGGGUCUCAGGAAACACUUUAAGUGGUGGUUUAAUGCACUGA